UUUUUUUUCUUUUUUCUUCUUCUAUUUAAAACGACAAUGCGAAGAACAAGCAGUACAGCUGGCAUGUCGGGAGAAAUUGAACAAGUCGUUACCAAGUUAUUAAGAACAACCAAGGCUUUACUUGAAGCUUUGACUCAAUGGUCUCUUAUGCGUGCCUCUAAUACUGAAAUAUUUGGUAUUCAUGACACACUCGAGAAACAAUUCUUUCUUGUCUCUCAAGCCUUUGAAGAAGCCACAGUCGAUAUGAGCGAUUUGCAAUGGAUUCCUCGUCAACUACGAGAAUCUGUUUCUGUCGCCAUGUUAGAAACACCCUCUCCUGCCAUUCUAGACCAAUAUCUCCCCCGUAUUCGUGAGGUUAUUGUUCAUUUAUUACAUGGCUUGAAAGGAAAGCAAGCCUUGUUGCGAGAAAAGGAAAAAGAAAGAGAUCAAACAAGAGAAUCACGUGCAUCCAUCCGAUCGACUGAAUCAUGGAACCGAGAAGUUCCCCUCGCAGCUCUAAACCGAGGCAGUGGGUCUCAGCGGAUGAUGAUGUACCCACAACCUUCUUCGCCUCCUUUACCACCUUACCCUCCUGUUUCGCCUCGUAUGACACCUUCAGGUGAAUACGAGCCUUGGUCAGGUGGUAUGCCUCGUCCUUCCAUACCCACCAACGACUUAUCGUCCCGUAUCAUGCCUCGUAACAACUCAGUCUCUUCACUUCGAUCCAAUUCACCCAAGAUGCCACACCAACCUUUACCUACACGAUCGACUUCUUCUGGAAGAAGUCAUCCACCUCCACCACCUCCACCUGCUCCACCUGCUCCUCCUGCACCUACCCGUGUCGAUUCACCCAAACCACCUCAGGUCGAUGAAAGCGAUCCAAAUACAGCCAGUGCCUUAGCCGCUCUAAAACGCCAAGAAAAUCUAGCCAGACGAUCUUCAGUCCGUCGUGCUUCUAUGUUUCGUGGCACAGGUGAGUAUUAUGGCGGUAGUCUGUCUCGAGGCAAAAACCAGUUUUAUCCUUCAGAAGCACAUGCGCCUCCAGUCCCUAGUUUACCUUCUCACCCAUUGCCGACAACACAGGAAGAAGGCGUAUCCACACGAACCACGGAGCCACACGCAUUCAAAGAAGAAGCGCAUCGUGAACAACAGCAUGGCCUUACGUUAUUUUUACAGAUUGGCAAAGAAGUCAAAAAAGUACAUUAUCAGGGCGAAUUAAGCAUUUCUUCUCUCAACAUGUUAUUUCUCGAGAAAUUCAGUUAUUCCAAUGGUCAAGAUGAUUUCCCCAAGAUCUAUAUCCGUGAUCCCACUGUGGGUGUGUCGUAUGAAUUGACGGAUUUAUCUGAAGUCAAGGAUAAAUCCGUACUUUCGUUUCAUUUUAAUGUAGAAAAAGAAGAACAGCCUUCUCAAUCCCUCUCAGAGAUCACACAAGUAUUCAACAAGGAAAUUACAGAGACACGUCGUCUAUUAGCAGAACAAAUGGAAGAGAUCAAGAAACAAAUCGACUUAUCCACCAAGGCAAAUGAAGAAAAGGAACGUCAAUGGAUCGAACAACUGACAUCCCACGUCUUGUCUCAACAAACAGCACCUGUAGAACAAACACCGGAACAGACAGACCAAGCACCACCUCAAACGUCUGAGCCCCACACCACCUCAUUCACAAAAGAACAAUAUGAAGCACAACGUUCGGAAAUCGAGACAUUGCGUCGCGACUUGGCUGUCUUGCGCCAACUUGAGCGUGAAGUGAGAGAAGGCACGUCCAGCGUGAUUGCUGACAUGAAACAAAAAGCAGCCAGUUUCAAAGAAGCGGCUCAUAAGGCCAAAUCAGCCGAGAUCCCUGUCUCAGCUGCUCGUGCCAGUCUUGAAGAAGGCAAGAAGACAUUAUUGGAGAAAUCAGAUAAAGUCACGACUCGCUUGGAAGAUUUGCAAGACACGAUUGAUCAACUCAAGUUGGAUGUCACUCAACGUAAAUGCCGUCCUUCAGAAACACAGAUGACACAUUGUGCCGAUGAACGCAAAGCACUUGCAGAAGAAAUUGAAGAGUUUGGUCAGUUCAUUGGUCAAGUCAAACCUCGCUGGAAAAAGACAUGGGAACAAGAAUUACAGACGAUUGUGAAAGAACAACAGACACUAAAGGAUCAAGAGUACUUGUUGUCUGAUAUGAAGGAUGAUUUAGAUGCUCUUUUAGAAGUGUUUGAACAACUCGAGAAGAUUUAUGCCUAUCAAGCCAAUACGAAACCUCAACCUAGAGAAUUCCGUGUGGCUCCUGCUGAAGAAGGAUUUGAAGGCAUGGCAAGUGUGAUGAAGCAAGUAGCAACGAUUGAUGUUGAUCAUGAACGUCGUUUACGUGCUUUGGAACAAGCCGAUAAAAUGAGGCAGCGUGAAUUGGCCAACCGUAUUGAUGAUUUUGAAAAGGAGCUGGUUGGAUUUGUAGAGACAAAGAAAUUAAAAAAGACAGGAGGUGCACUUGAAAUUGAUCGUUUGCGUAAACAAAAGGAAGAGCAGAUGUUAAAGGCCAUGUUUACUGAAAAGAAAGCUGCUACAUCCACACCUACUUCUGAAGAACAACCUGUAUUGGAACAAGUAAAAGAAGAAGAAGAAGAAGAAGCAGCGGAAUAA